AUGCGUACCGCUACUUUCCUCCAGCUCGUUGCUGGCGUCGCUGCCUAUAGUCCAUGGGUCAACGAGCCCGACACUGGUCUUGAGACCUUCCUCAAGGGUACCAACUGGACCGAAGGCACCCUCCCCGACCUGAAGGACAUGCGCGCCGUCAACGACUUCGACUUCGCCGCUCGCCAGGUUCUCACCGACCAGCAGUAUGCCUUCUACAGAGUGGCAGCCGCAGGCGAGUGGUCAUACCGCAACAACCUCGAGGUGUGGUCCAAGUGCCGUCUCAGGCCACACCAGUUGGCUGGAGUCACUGGCCUGAACGAGACCAUGGGUGUCACCAUCCUGGGCUACAACUUCAGCUCUCCCAUUUUCAUCUCACCGGCUGCCAGAGGCGUGUAUGGCAACGAGCGCGCCGAGCUCAACUUCGUCGAUGCCGCCGCCGAGGAAAACAUCCUGUACAUCUCGGCGCUCUACGCUUCCAAGACCAUCGAGGAGAUUGGUGAGGCCAAGAAGAAGCACAACAGCACCCUCAACGGACCCCAGGUCACCUUCCAGCAGAUCUACGGAAACGUCAACCAGACCGUCACCUGGGAGGCCAUCCGCCGCGCCGAGGAGCAGAACGCCAAGGCCAUCGUCUUCACCGUCGAUGCUCCCGCCACUUCCACACGUCACCGCGCCGCUAGGUACGAUACCACCAACGCCAACGGUGUCACCUCCAACCUCGACUGGGACCUGUACGAGGAGAUGAAGCAGCGCACCAAGCUCCCCAUCAUCAUUAAGGGUAUCACAACCGUCGAGGAUGCUGUCAAGGCUGUUGAGAAGGGUGUUCCAGGUAUCAUGCUCUCCAACCACGGCGGUCGCCAGGUUGAGUACUCUCCAUCUCCUCUCGAGAUUGCCUAUGAGAUCCGACGCAACGCCCCCGAGGUUUUCUCCAAGACUGAAGUCAUUGCCGACAGCGGUAUCCGCUAUGGUACUGAUGCCAUCAAGCUGCUUGCUCUUGGUGUCAAGGCUGUUGGCAUGGGUCGGCCAUUCAUGUACUCCAACGUCUAUGGAGUCGAUGGUGUGAAGAAGCUGAUCCAGAUUAUGAAGUCUGAGAUCCUCAACGAUGCUGCCCAGAUUGGUAUCACCGAUUUCCACAACAUUUCCACCAAGGUGCUUUCCACCAAGCUCCUAGAGAACGAGGUCUACCUCCAGGAUGAAAACUUCAUCUAA